AUGGCCGAUGUGGAGGACGGGGACGAGCUGGGCGCCCCCCACUCGCACCCGGGCUCGGUGGGCCCCAAGUCGGGCACCCCCGACAAGAUGUUCUCGUUGAAGAAGUGGAACGCGGUUGCCAUGUGGAGCUGGGAUGUGGAGUGCGACACCUGCGCCAUUUGCCGAGUGCAGGUCAUGGAUGCCUGUCUUAGAUGUCAAGCUGAAAACAAACAAGAAGAUUGUGUUGUGGUUUGGGGAGAAUGCAAUCAUUCCUUCCACAAUUGCUGCAUGUCCUUGUGGGUGAAACAGAAUAAUCGCUGUCCCCUCUGCCAACAGGACUGGGUAGUCCAGAGAAUAGGCAAAUAAAAACACUGGAAGUUUCUUUUUUUUUUUUUCUGUUGAACUUGUUGAAAGAGUGUAUGUCUUACACCAUAUGCUCAUACAAAAGGAUGGAACAUGUUGAUCAUGGCAUGAUUUAUUUAGGUGUUUUGCCACGAGAUCAGUGUGGUUUUCUUGUAUGUUCUUUAUUGUACGAGGAGGCAGUAGUCAGUCUUACUGCAGAUGUACCCACAACUGAAAAAAGAGAGACACUACAUUAACAAGUGUAUUUGUUAUGAUUUGAGUGUUCACUGCAUCAGGGCACAGAAAUGUGAUGGUGCAGAUCAUACCCUAAUUACAGUUUAUUUAAUGUUUUUGGAAAACCUUACCUGUAAGUCUGAUAUGCUGCAUAGUUUAUUGUCAGGAUAAAUAAAUUGUUUCCUAAGUAAAAUUUUGCACAAAACCACAGUCGGUGAGAUUUUCAGCAAGUAUUCUGGUUAUUAAUCUAAAAUGGUGUGUAAAGCAUUUGCCAUGUGCUUUUUCCAUCACACUGUACUAAACAUUUCUAAUUUAGGUUUUCCUCUUGACCUCAGAAAAUUUUUAUUUGUUGUAUCUCUAAGUCCGUUGCUCUAUUACAUUCUAUACAUAGUUUCUACAACCAUAGUAUUAAAAUUUAAGGACAUUAAUAUUUUUUUAACUUACAUUUCUGUUGAAAAUUGCAGAUGCAUUCUUAAUCCAGAGACUUUUGGUACAAAGACACAUGUUUGUUUAACUGGAGGCAUAACCAAUCUCUCUGGUUAGAUGACUAAUACAGAAGGCUAGCAAAACAGAUAAUUUAAAUAUCCCAAGGAAAGCAGGUACAAAUUACGUCUAGAGAAAAAUUUUUAAAUUGUGGUUUCAUGAAGAUUCAGUAAAUAGACAUUUCUUUGUCAUCAUUUUAUUGGUUACAAUAAAUUACAAAUACUGAAAUGGGAAAAAGCAUUGUUUCGUUUUUGUGGGAAUCUUCCUAUGAAUUGUGGGUUGUUUUUUUAUUUUUUCUUCUUACAAAUAUUUAAGUACUUGCCUCUGACUUUAUCAUUUUCCUGAAUAUACAAAGUAAUUACUGUUAAUCUGAAAAUACUGAUGGGGGGAGGGGGAGUUUUAAUAUAUGUAACAGAGAGGUUGAAUUACUGCUGAAGUCUGUAACAAAUUCAGGCUUAAUGAAAUGAUUAAUAAACCUGGAUGAAAGCAAUAUUCUGUGCACAUUGUUUCCCUCAAAAUUAUGAUCUUCAAUGCAUUUCUCAGCAGAUGUAUUUCUA